AUGAUGGACCGCGGCGCUUCCAGAAAAUUAGCCCUGUUGCAAUUGGUGACAUGCAGCCUUAGUGCUCUGUUGGAGUGGCCCCCAAGCGGCGAGUCCAAGAGCAGCCAAGCGGGAUUACCCCCAUGUUUCCCGCUGCCCAGCACCAUUAGUCUUGUCAGCAAACUGUUGGAGGCAACAAAAAGCGUUACCAUGAUGGACAAAUGCCCAUGCCAAGUAGUAACGGCGCGAACUCGGGGACAUAUCCGUCGCCUGGUACCCCGUAAGCGUAACCCCGCGAAUCACCUAAUUGGAAUGAUCUAUGGAAAGGAUGGCCGACGCUACCCCAUGAAAAAGCUGAGACUGGAUGUGAUAGUUAAGUACUGCAAGUUGGAGACCAAACUGGCCGCAGCGCAGUGCUAG